AUGCUGGGUAAACUCUUCGACGCCAGCGAGAAGCAACCCUCGUCUAUCGACAAGACUCCUGGAAAGUUCCAGUUUGGCGGCCACUUCGCGGGAAUACCGCUCGAUGCCAAUAAGUUCGAGCUGGACCGCUUUCCGUAUCGGCUUCCUGGGCCCGCGCUGGUGCCGAAGCGAACGACUAUUGAGCGCAUCGAGACGGUGCUAGCAGAACGAGCGGAGGGGUUGGGAGUUACCAUCUUAAGGAGGGAGGGGGUGACGAGGAUCGUGACGCAGGAUGAUGAGAGUGUUAUGGCUAAGUUCAUCGGGUACACAGUCAAGUGCGACUUGGACGACCCCGAGAAAAAAUUGAAGCCCGGCUUCCAUAUCAUGGAAAGGGGGAUGUACAUUAUCGCGUUCCCGGGCAGUCUGCACCUGGUGGAUUUCGACAGCGCUGCGCCCUUCAAUCGCACGAAGGAGCUGACGCGGGAGCAUGUACAAGAUGUGCUGAGACGGGUUACGGGAUUACCGAAUGCUAAGAUCGCGACAAUGCAUUUCGCUUCGUCGUUUACGGACCGUUCUAAACAGACAACGCAAUGCCGCAGGGGUCGUAUUCUCCUUGCGGGCGAUGCGGCACAUAUCCACCCCCCGCUCGGGGCGCAGGGGUUGAAUGUCGGGCUGGGGGAUGCUAUAAACUUAGGUUGGAAGCUGGCCGCGACGGUUCGACGGGAAUUCAACUCCGAGUCAGGGUCUGCAUCUAAUGGGAAUCCUGGUACUGCAGGCCUGGCCCUGCUCGACACGUACGAAACCGAACGUCACCCCAUCGCGGCCUGGGCCCUCGAGUGGACGCGCGCCCAGGUAUCCAUGCUACAGCCCGAUUUAUACGGUGCCGCGGUCCAGGUGCUCAUUCGCGAUCUCAUCAAUACCACCGAUGGAACGAACCUGUUCAUUGACCGUGUAUGGGGAUUGUCGCAGCGGUACGACCUGACUAGCAACGGCGACGGUGAUGCGCAUGCGCUCAUCGGAUGUAGCGCGCCUGAUUUUGAGUUGGGUGAUGACGGGAGACUGGGACCCAAGCUGGAAGGGCAAAGAGGGCUGCUUGUUGAUUUGCAAGAGAACGGCACGGCGGCGCUCAAGGAACUGGUUGUUGGCGUCAAGUAUGAGGCAGAGUCGACUAUUUAUGUCCCCGAUCUUGAUACCGCGAAGGAUCCCCUGGAGCGUUGGUUUGGAUUCUGA